AUGUCCGACAAGAUUAUCGAUGGAAAGAAGGUUGCGGAGGCCAUUCAUGAGGAAUGCCAGCAGGAAACCAAGAAGAUGUUGGAAGAGACCGGAAAGAUGCCCGGUCUGGCUGUAAUCCUGGUUGGAGAGAGAAAGGAUUCGCAGACUUAUGUGCGUAACAAGAAGCGAAUGUGUGUGAAGGACGGAAUUAAGCCCUUUGACUACACUUUCCCCGAGACGAUCUCCGAGGAUGAGCUGCUCAAGGUGGUGGUAGAGUUGAACUCCAACCCCGAAGUCCACGGAAUCCUCGUUCAGCUGCCUCUCCCCAAGCACAUCAACGAAGAGCGAAUCCUGAACGCCAUCUCCAUCGAGAAGGACGUGGAUGGUUUCCAUCCCCUCAACAUUGGUAAGCUGUCCAUGAAGGGCCGUGAACCGUUGUUCGUGCCGUGCACUCCCAAGGGAUGCAUCGAGCUGCUCGAUCGGUACGGUGUGGAGAUCGCAGGAAAGAACGCGGUUGUUAUUGGUCGCAGCAACAUCGUCGGCAUUCCCGUUGCCAUGCUGCUGCUGAACCGCAACGCUACCGUGACGAUCUGCCAUUCUCGCACUGCGGAUCUGAAGGAGCAUCUGCAGAAGGCGGAUAUCAUUGUUGCCGCUGUGGGCGUUGCGAAUCUGGUGAAGGCGGACAUGAUCAAGGAGGGCUGCGUGAUCAUCGAUGUGGGUAUGAAUGCUGUGGACGAUCCCACGGACAAGAGAGGAUACCAUCUCUGCGGAGACGUCGAUUUCAAGGACUGCUAUGAGAAGUGCAGAUUGAUUACGCCGGUUCCUGGAGGCGUGGGUCCGAUGACGAUCGCGAUGCUGAUGAAGAACACGGUGGAGAGCGGGAAGAGAGCGAUUUACAAGAAAGACUAAGU